UAUGGCAUCAAAAUUGGGGCUAAUUCACGGCUCAAUAUCGAGACCAUUCAUCCGUGCAGAAAGUUUCUAUUUGCAAGGAUUUCCACACUUCUCUUCUCUAUUCUUGAUACGAGAUCCUGCUAGUUGUCAGCUACCCCCAUCUUCUUCUUUCUUGCACCGGAAAACCUUGUUAAAUACAACCAAAAGAUUCGAUGGAUGCCCCUAUUGUUGUCUGCCGUUCCUUGUUCUUUUCAAGUUGUAUCUGACAGGUUGCGCUACAGUCGGGGAUCCAAUUACGAACGCAUCCAAUCAUUGUCCGCCUUGAUCUUGCAAAAGGAAAACCACUUUGUCGUUCCGACACGAUCCGUGGCCCAAAGACAAUUGGUUACUCGUUGCAAUAACCCUCAAGCCAACUAUUUCAUCCAAUAUCCCUUGACGACAAAUGUUCGGAUGGCUGUUAAGGAGAUGCCUGCUAUCUUCUGGGCUGACAUAUUGAUUUGCAAUGAGUGCUGCACAAAUUGUCCAAUUGACAGAACUUUUUUCGCCAUGUCACAAUUAUUAUUGCUGCAAUACCAUAUUAAAUACAACAGCACAGUUGUGUUACAUGUGGUGCUAGUCGUCCUAUAUGAGAAGGAUUUCAAUAUAUACCGUCCAUCAGGCGCAGCGGGAUUUAAGAGUGUGUGUGAAUUGGGUGACUCCGUGCACGGGAAGACGUGGGAAACAGACGGCUUCGAUUAAUGUGCAACCGGAACUGGUUUCGUUUUCUUUUUACCUUUUUUUCCCUCUAAAUAUCUCUAAUGACCGGACAAACACUCACUGAAGACCGACGAAAAGAAUUAUUUCAACUCGCACUUGAUGGUUAGCGUCAAAUAAUAUCCAUUGUGAUAGUGUAGCUAUACUUAUUGACUUCUCUGUUCCUG